UAGCGACCUCCCGGCGCUCACCCCGCAGCCGCCAGACCCGCUCCGACUCUCGGACUCGCCGUGCCGCUCGAGGUCUUCUGCAAAGUCGGCUUUCCACGCACGUGUCCGCGCGCCUUUCCGACCAUGUCGUCCUGCAGCCGCGUAGCGUUGGUGACUGGGGGCAAUAAGGGCAUCGGCCUCGCCAUCGUGCGAGACCUGUGCCGGCAGUUUUCGGGGGACGUGGUGCUCACGGCGCGGGACGAGGCGCGGGGCCGGGCGGCCGUACAACAGCUGCAGGCCGAAGGACUGAACCCGCGCUUCCACCAGCUGGACAUCGACGAUAUCCAGAGCAUCCGCACCCUGCGCGACUUCCUGCGCAAGGAGUAUGGAGGGCUCGACGUGCUGGUCAACAACGCGGGCAUCGCUUUCAAGACUGCUGAUCCUACACCGUUUCAUAUUCAAGCAGAGGUGACUAUGAAAACAAACUUUUUUGGUACUCGAGAUGUCUCCACAGAGUUAUUGCCUCUUAUAAAACCCCAUGGCAGAGUGGUGAACGUGUCUAGCAUGGUGAGUGUCAUGGCCCUUAAGAAAUGCAGCCCUGAGCUGCAGCAGAAGUUCCGAAGUGAGACCAUCACCGAGGAGGAGCUGGUGGAGCUCAUGAACAAGUUCGUGGAAGAUACAAAGAAAGGAGUGCACCAGAAAGAGGGCUGGCCCAAUACUGCAUAUGGAGUGACAAAGAUCGGGGUUACAGUCUUGUCCAGAAUCCACGCCAGGAAGCUGAGUGAGCAGAGGAGUGCAGACAAGAUCCUGCUGA